AUGGAGCCCCUGAUAGAGUCGCCAGGGCGCGAUGAGGAGGAAAUCGCCGGCGACCACGACGAAGGACAUCUUCUCCUACGUUUGCGCGGAACACGCGCCCGUCGAACCCAUCCUGACGACGUCGACGAUGGAGCACCGGUGCUGUCCGAUUUCAUGCGUGCGAUCCUCCCCAGGGCCCUACAGAAUACCGUCCGGGCCUUGAAUCUGUGGUUGCAGGGGCCUCAUCGCCCUGAAAAACAACAUAUCACCCCACUACAGUGGAUGCCGCCAUGGUUGCAGGACAAGCUUAGCAUCAAGAGACAGGGUGUUUUUGUGACUGCGAUAUUUCUGGCGUGGGCCAUCUCUUUCUCCGCUGUCGUGUGGCGAUGGUCUCUACUGCCUGAGCUCCGCGGCUACGGUCAACCUCGUGCGAUCCGGUGUAUGCAACAAGCUUGGUCGAUCAACGACAACUGCGGUCUUGACGGGGUAGACUGCCGUCCCUUCUCCAACGCGACCUUUGCCUAUCACUGCUCCCCUGGCUGUGCGACCCAGCAAGUCUGGUAUCCUCACACUGUGGGUGACCAAGAGGUCGUCUACCGGCAGCUGGUUGUCGGAGGCGCCUCGACCGAGUCUGCGUAUUCAGGCAUCUAUCGCGCUGAUUCAAGCAUCUGCCAGGCGGCGAUUCAUGCAGGCGUACUUAGCGACAGCUAUGGAGGCCCCGUCGCCCUGAGACUACUGGGUGAGCACACCGGUUUCCAAGCCAUUGACCGCAAUGGAGUUCAUUCUGUUGGGUUCGAUGCCGAUUUCCCAAAAGCUUUUGCAUUUAUAUCCUUGGCCAGCACCGAGAUAGGGUCAUUCGACGUUCGUUGGCCAAUGCUCGUCUUCUCAGUUCUCGUCACGAGUCUCAUCUCCGUCUUUACGAAAUCCCCCGCUGCCUUCUUCACGCCAGUAUUCAUCAUCUUAUUUAUGCAUGUCAGUUUUGUCUCAGACAAGCCGGAACUGCCAGCCUUUGCAGAAUUGUUGUCUGUCUCUGCGGAACGAUUGUUACCAGCAUCGUUCGCUGCCUUUGUAAUAUAUUUGUUCUGUGUUCGUCUGCAACUGUCGGACCUAACCUCUCAUUUCGACAAGACGGUUCUGUGGCUAGGAGCCGCAUGGUUUGGGGCGCUCGAAAACUACACGUUGGACCACAUCCCCAUUCGACGACUAACUCCAAGCGAUCUACAUUCACAGCCCGGCGCUAUCCUUGCGCUGACGAUUAUCGUGGUCCUGAUCUUGGCCAUCGCCAUUGGUCAGAUAUACUACCUUCGCCGUGAGGGCCGUCUCAUUCGAUAUUUAAAAGUGUACGCCUUGCUUGCUGGCAUGCUGGUCUGUGCCGCGGCCAUUCCAUCCGUCCACUUACGCAUUCAUCACUACAUUCUGGCCCUGCUACUGCUCCCUGGCACAGCUAUUCAGACGCGGCCUAGCCUGCUAUACCAAGGCCUUCUGGUGGGACUGUUCAUCAAUGGAGUUGCACGCUGGGGAUUCGCAUCCAUCCUACAGACGGACGCCGCCCUCCGUGAUCUCGAUGGGCCGUAUGGAUCACCCCUUCCAAAUGUCACAGCAGUCGUGGCUUCGGAUCUCUCGGCCGUGGACUUCCAUUGGUCCCAGCCCCCAGAGCCAUACCAGGGACUGAGCGUACUCGUCAACGACGUUGAGCGAUACAGGUGGUAUAGCGAUCUUGAUGGACUGAAUUACACCUGGAGCAGCAGUCCCGCUCGACGCAGUAGGAGUUAUUUCCGAUUCGCCUAUGUGGCUGAUGGUCAUGCUGUCGAUUACACUAGAGCUGCAAUCUGGGAGUUGGAUGGCACGUGGAAUACUACUCUCUGGGAUCUGUGA